UUACAAACUUUAUUUUAUAACUUGCAAGUUGCAAUUUCAAAAUAUGAUUGAGAAUACUCUAUAUAUAAGUAAAACCAAGAACUAUAUAAUCCCAACUUCUAUUUCAUUUCUUCAAAAAAAUAUGGCUAACUAUAUUGCCUUAUGGUUGUGUUUCCUUGCUAUUUUAUUUCCAUUUAGUAUGUCUAAGUUAGAAACUUAUAUCAUCCAUAUGGAUUUGUCAGCCAUGCCAAUAGCCUUUUCUAGUCAUCAUAGUUGGUAUUUGUCUACUCUUGCUUCAAUAUCAGAUAGCUCAAAUCAUGGUUCCCUUGUAUAUGCUUACACUAAUGCUAUUCAUGGUUUUAGUGCAAGACUUAGUCUUUCUGAGCUACAAGUUAUCAAGAGGUGUCAAGGUUAUCUUUCUUCAACUAAGGAUAUGACAGUUAAAAUCGAUACGACUCAUACGUCACAAUUCCUUGGUUUGAGUUCAAAUUCUGGUGCAUGGCCUAAGUCAGAUUAUGGUAGAGAUGUUAUAAUUGGUUUGGUUGAUACAGGGGUGUGGCCAGAGAGUAAAAGUUAUAAUGAUAAUGGGAUGAAUGAUGUUCCAUCAAGAUGGAAAGGUGAAUGUGAAAGUGGAACUCAGUUUAAUUCCUCUAUGUGUAACAAGAAGCUCAUUGGUGCGCGCUACUUCAACAAAGGACUAAUCGCUAGCAAUCCGAAUAUUACCAUUGAGAUGAAUUCAGCACGUGAUACGGAGGGGCAUGGAACUCAUACGUCUACUACAGCUGCAGGAAGUCGUGUUGAGUCUGCGUCUUAUUUUGGAUAUGCUACUGGUGUUGCUGCAGGGAUGGCACCAAAGGCUCAUGUGGCAAUGUAUAAGGCUUUGUGGGAUGAAGGUUCUAUGUUAUCUGAUAUUCUGGCUGCAAUUGAUCAGGCAAUUGAGGAUGGAGUGGAUGUAAUAUCGUUGUCGUUAGGCAUAGAUGGUCGUCAGCUGUAUGAUGAUCCGAUAGCUAUAGCUGCAUUUGCUGCGAUGGAGAAAGGUAUAUUUGUUUCCACUUCAGCAGGAAAUGAAGGGCCUGAUAAUGAGAGUUUGCAUAAUGGAACACCUUGGGUUCUCACUAUGGCUGCUGGCACAGUCGACCGCGAUUUCCUUGGGACACUAACUCUAGGCAAUGGAGUUUCUGUCACAGGUUUAUCCCUAUACCCCGGGAAUUCAAGUUCAAGCGACAGCUCCAUCGUUUUCCUCAACUCAUGCCUAGAGGAUAAGGAAGUGAAGAAAAAUGCAUACAAAAUCGCUGUCUGCUAUGACGCGAAUGGAUCAAUAAGUGAUCAAGUGUACAAUAUAAGAAAUUCAAACGUUUCGGGUGGUGUCUUCAUAACAAACACUACUGACUUGGAAUUCUACCUCCAAAGUGAAUUUCCAGCUAUAUUUUUGAACUUUCAAGAUGGUGAUAUAGUUUUGAAGUACAUCAAGAGUAGUCAUUCGCCUAAAGCAAGACUCGAAUUUCAAGCGACUCGUCUUGGUGCUAAACCAGCACCAAAAGUUGCUAGCUACAGCUCAAGGGGACCAUCAGGAAGCUGUCCUUCUAUUCUCAAACCUGACCUCAUGGCUCCGGGCGCCUUGAUAUUAGCAUCAUGGCCUCAAAAAUUAUCAGUAGCUCAAAUCAACUCUCGAGACCUAUUCAGUUACUUCAAUAUUAUAUCUGGUACAUCGAUGUCUUGUCCUCAUGCUGCUGGUGUAGCAGCACUUCUGAAAGGGGUACACCCCAAAUGGAGCCCUGCUGCCAUCCGCUCGGCCAUGAUGACCACAGCCGAUUCAUUAGACAACACACAAGGCCCCAUCCGAGACAUCGGUAGAGACAACAAUGCUGCUACUCCCCUAGCCAUGGGAGCUGGCCAUAUCAAUCCAAAUAAGGCACUGGACCCCGGACUUAUCUACGAUGCUACACCAGAAGACUACGUAAAUCUCCUCUGUGGUCUAGAUUUCACAUCCAAACAGAUAAAAUCCAUCACAAGAUCCUCCUCUUACUCAUGUUCCAAACCUUCAUUAGACUUAAACUAUCCAUCUUUCAUUGGAUAUUUCAACUUCAACAGCAGCAAGUCUGAUCCGAAACGGAUACAAGUAUUCAACAGGACAGUGACUAAUCUUGGAGAUGGUCAGUCAACAUACACAGCAAAAUUGACCCCAAUGGGUGAAUAUACAGUUAGUGUUACACCUGACAAGUUGGUUUUCAAAGAGAAGUAUGAAAAACAAAGCUACAAGCUUAGGAUAGAAGGUCCAUUGUUAGUAGAUAAUUAUCUUGUUUAUGGUUCAUUGAGUUGGGUUGAAACUAGCGGUAAAUACGUUGUAAAAAGUCCUAUUGUUGCCACUACCAUAAGAGUGGAACCUCUGUAAGAACAGAACUGAUUUAAGACACUGUCUAAUGAAUAAUUGUGAAGUAAAAUUAUGCAUUUUUUCCCCCACUA